AUGGUCUCUCAGUUGUUUCAUGUCGUCAAGAACAUCUCUGCAGGUCAGCGCAUUCAACUACCACCUUGUACUUGUCCCAAGGUUGUUUUAAGCAAAGAAGCGCAAGCCAUGCUCAAACACAGCCAACAGGAGAAGUCUCAUCAAUUCAGAGAUGCCCUCAAUGACGCCUGGAACCAGCUUGAUGAGGCCCUGAAGACCAUUGCCGUGUCUCACCACAAAUGUGUAUGCCACGUGCAAAAUGACUUGUAUAUUGGUCAUGGUUUGCUUCGCUUGAGGUGUUCCAAGCUGAAUGCAUGGAAUGCAUUCUGCUGGAAGAAAAACCAAGAGACUGAGAACCGUAAUCAGGGCCAAGGGGCACUUGAAUCACUCAUCCACAAACAUUGGAAUGAAUACCUUCGACCUUUGAAGGAUGAGCAAGACAAUAUCCUUGCAGAGUAUGCCGAUUGGAAAACAACAAAGGUUACUGGCCUCUGUGUCUCAACGAAGUCCAAGAUAAAUGACAUUACUCAAACUCUCAAAGCUGUUAAAAAUGAGCUCAACAGCCUCAAUUGUCACACAGGUGUUGCCUUUGCCACUGAAGGUGUCCAACACUUCAUGGGUUCUGUCAUGGGGAUCGACAAUCAAGAUCUAGUCAGCAAGAUGGAAGGUUUUGCAGUGCAAGGGAUGAAAGGCACUGCUACAAAUUACAAACAACAAGUCUCCAAGAUUCGCUCGAAAAUUUGUGAUAUCAUCAACACCAAACUACAUCAGUUUUUGUUAGUGUUCUGCAAGGCAUUUGACUCAUGUGCAUUGAUAGAACUCAUCACUGGUGAUCCUGAUGCCAGGAUGCAGUGGACACAUUAUUUUCGUAACGUUGUUCAGCACUAUCAAGUUGCCAUUGAGGGCUGGCCAGACAACAUUCCAUUUGCUAACCUUAGUCAAGCCUCAAGUGCAUGUCCCAACCUCGAGAUGCUUUACUCAAAGUGGGAGUCAAAUGGAAGGAAAGAAGCGCAAAGGGCUCGCAGCUGCCACAAACCCAAAUUGCCACAAAAGUACAAGAGUUCUGAGACCGUCGAGGACAAUGAUUGCACUGAUGAAGAGCACGAGCAUGGGAAUGAAGAACAAGACGAGCCUGUUGAUGAGCCUGUUUGCCGAUCUUCCACACCAGCAGCUGCUCAUGCUGCUAAUCAACCCUCUACUUUUGAUAUAGCUAAUACCUCUGCUAGUUUGCAGUUGCCAGGUUCUGAUGUCCCUCCCCCUUCCAAUGCUCCAGAUGCAUUAGAUUUCAACUUUUAUAUUCCUAGAGACUCCAAUAUAUUGACUUUCCCUCAGUUUGACUCUGAUGCUAUGUUAGCAAACUUAGAUAGGAUGUUCGGUCCUGCACCUUAG